GGAGGGUGGGAUAUAAAUCUGAGAAAUAAAUAAAAAAUAUUUUGUGUCCGCCUCCUCCAACUGCUAAAAACAAUUACGAGCUUCACAAGGCGUGUAAGAUAGUUAGGGCUGCCACCUUCAGGUUAGGCAAUCCCUGGAAAUUUGCGGGUGGAACCUGGGGAGGGAGCUCAGUAGGGUAUAAUGUCACAGAGUUCAUCUUCCAAAGCAGCCAUUUUCUCCAGGGGAGCCGAUUUCUGUGGCCUGGAGACUGAGGUCAGCUGCAGUUCCAGGAGACCCAGGUCCCACUUGCAGGUUGGCAACCUGGUGGUUCAGACGGGGCUGUGAUUUCUAGACAACUUUAAAGCCUCACUUUUCCAGCAUAGACAUUUUUGGAAAAGAGAAUGCCUUUGGGCAUGUGCAGAGUGCACUCCCGGAGCAGCUGUGAAUGGCGGAGGCAGGCCACAUUCCUCAGGUAGCAACACCUGUGGCAGGUGCCUGUCGGUCACGUGGCUCGGCCAUCCGCCUCGGGAACAACCGCUUCCUUCAGCCGCCGCGGCCGGACGGAGUGAGGAAAUGCAGCCGCCGCCGCCGCCGCUCCUGGCGUUUUGUUGAGCCCCGGGAGAGAGUUUGGAGGCAACCCCGCUGGAUUGCUUUCUCUCAGCGGCUGUAGUGCGGGCAGGGGACUGGGUUCUCGACAGGGGCAAAAAUGAGUAAGAUCCACAAGCUUUUCAAAAGCGGAGGGGGCAAAGGCAAGGGGGGCCCCACGCCCCAGGAGGCCUUAGCCCGUUUGCGGGAGACAGAGGAGAUGCUUACCAAGAAACAGGAGUAUCUGGAAGCCAGGAUCGAGAAAGAGCUGGCAGUGGCCAAGAAACACGGCACCAGAGACAAACGGGUUGCACUGCAAGCACUGAAGAGAAAAAAGAGGUAUGAGAAACAGUUGAGCCAAAUCGAUGGGACGCUUUCCACCAUUGAAUUCCAGCGUGAAGCACUUGAAAAUUCUUAUACAAACACAGAAGUAUUCAAAAACAUGGGUUAUGCUGCCCAAGCAAUGAAAAAAGUACACAAAAAUAUGGAUGUGGACAAAAUUGACGAAAUGAUGCAAGAUAUCACUGAACAGCAAGAUAUUGCUCAAGAGAUAACAGAAGCUCUUACAAGAAAAGUUGGUGAUGAUUUUGAUGAGGAUGAGCUGCUGGCAGAAUUGGAGGAACUGGAGCAAGAAGAGCUCAACAACAAAAUGACAAAUGUCCGAUUACCGAGUGUACCGACUACAUCACUGCCCUCACAACCCGCAUCUUCAAGGAAGAGAGUGGAGGAUGACGACAUGAAGCAGCUGGCAGCCUGGGCAUCUUAACAGUCCUCAAAGGCCUAUAGCAAAUGCCACGGCCAGAGUUCAUUUGUUGUACACAGUGCUGUUGUGUUUGAUACAGACUAAAACUGGUCACUGUU